AUGGAUGGAAGAGGAAACAAAAAGAUGAAAACUGUGCAGGAAGCCUUUCAAGAUGUUUCCGAUCAUCAGCCACAGGAAGCCUACUAUUACUCCUCCUCCGAUCAACAACAACAACAACCAACCAUACAACAACAACAACAACAACAACAUGGCAGUAAUUUUACAAUUAUAGAGCAAGAUGAUCAUCACCAUAACAGAACAAACGUUCACGGACUAAACGAAGGAGCCUCCUCAUCUAAUGGUAAUACAAAUUUACAAUUUGAAGAAUUAUCAGAUGGAGAAGAAGUCAUGGAAGACCAACAAGAUUUUGUACAUAAAACACCCCAUCACGAAAUGAGAAAUUAUCAACAACAACAACAGCAAGGAAAUAUAAUGAUGAGAAAUCCAAAUUCAUUUCUCGUUGAGGAGGAAAUAGAACAUGAAGAUAGUGAAGGAGAGGACGAAAGUGGAAAUAGAUAUGUUAGAUCCACUAAGACAAUCAUUAACGACGCCAAAUCAGGUCAACCACAAACUCAAACCAAGACCACUACAAAGAAAGUAUUGGGAACUGAUGGUAGAGUAAUUUCAACAAGUACCAGCUCAAAAACAGUCAAUCUUGGAUCUUCUGGUGACAUUCCUGUAACAAUGACAAGCUCAAAGACUGUAACUUCAAAUGGAAAUGGAACAUCAACUACUACCGUUAGUUCAAGUUCUGGAUUUGGUGGUGGAUUUGCUCCAAUGCAAAAUCCAUUCUCUUCAGGACCAACAUUUAACACUGAUCCAUUCUCUAAUCCAUUCGGAAAUGAUCCAUUCUUCAACGAUCCGUUUGCAUCUAUGCACCACAACAUGAUGAAUAUGCAAAAUAAUAUGAGACAACAACACUUACAAGCAAUGCAAAACAUGCAAAAUAUGCAAAUGGGCAUGCACCAGCCAAUGUUUAAUUCAUUCCACCAGCCAAUGUUUCCACAACAAGGAAUGACCUUUGGAGCUAAUCAAUCAUUUAUGCAACAACCAAACAAUUUCCCUAAUCAACAACAGAACUUCCAACAAAACUACCAACAACCUCCACCUCAACAACAAUUUCCUCAAAAUCAAUAUAGAAGAUAA